AUGAGUUCGACUUGUCUGAAUGAUGGCUCUUGGGGACCCGGUGUUCGUGGAUGUCGGGGAGAUUUCGACUUCACCCAGAAAUUCGAACGCAUCUUCCUUUCAAUUAUACCAACUGUGGUGUUCAUCGCGGCAGCUGUCGCCCGUAUAGCCAUUUUAUUGCAGCGCGAAAGGAUAGUUGGAGGUAUUAUUCUUCAAUCGAUCAAGAUUGCAUUUCUUGCUGUUUAUGCCAUUAUUCAACUUGCGAUUCUCAUCCUUACCGCGAUUGGGGCACCGGGCGUUGUUCACGGCCUCUCUCUUGCUGGAUCAUCACUUGUAGCCGCCGCCGCAUUGUUGGCGGUGUUUUUAUCCUCAUUCGAGCACUCUUGUACUCGAAGACCGUCGACUUUGCUGAAUGUAUACAUAUUUCUUACGCUCCUGUUUGACAUCGUGCAAACAAGAACAGCAUGGCUCGCGUUGCAACAAGACACACAGCCCCGUUUGUUCACGGCGUCUGUCGUCGUCAAAGCAGCGAUUCUCUGCCUUGAGACGAUUCCCAAAACGAAAUGGAUCCACUGGAAUUCUGAUGAGCAUAGCCCAGAGGAGUCGAGCGGCAUAUUCAGUAUUGGUGCUUUCGCCUGGUUGAACCAGCUUUUCAUGAGAGGGUAUCGAGGGGUCUUGACCAUAGACGACCUGUAUCCCCUCGAUGAAAACAUGGCUUCUAGCAAAUUGUACAGUCACUUUGUCAAAAGGCUUCGGUUGCAUAGGUACAACCAAGAACUCAAGUCCGGACUCCUGAAGGACCUGGCUAGAACGCUCAUCAGCCCAUUCCUCCUCCCAAUUGCGCCUCGCGCCGCCCUCAUUGCCUUCAAAUUCUGCCAGCCCGUCUUCAUCGAUGCUACUCUCGAGUAUCUGCAGAUGCCCGAGACUCCAUCGACGAAAAACAUGGGCUACGGCUUGAUCGGCGCAGCGUUCCUCAUCUACGCAGGUAUUGGGGUUUCUUCGGCGUUCUACGGUUACUACCUGGAAAAAGCCGUCUAUAUGAUUCGAGGCUGCCUAGUCGCUGCGAUCUACCAAAAGACAACGCAGAUGAAGAUCACGGCUGCUGAUGACUCUGCUGCUUUGACGCUUAUGAGCGCUGAUGUUGAACGCAUCAUCACCGGUGCUUGGAAAGCUCAUGAUCUCUGGGCAAACACCAUAGAAGUAGCCGUUGGUUGCUGGCUUCUGCAUGGGAAGAUCGGUCUAGCGUUUCUGUCUCCGCUUGUCGUGAUCGCCGUUUGCGCUCUUUUGCUGUCCUGGUUGGUCACGUUUGUUGGCAAGAGGCAGAGCGAGUGGAUGGCGAAGAUCCAGAACAGAGUAGGAUUGACUGCCAACGCCAUCUCCCAGAUGAAGCUCUACAAAAUCUCAGGCAUCGCUGGACCUGUAGCAGAUCUCAUACAGACGCUCCGCGUUGGAGAGAUCAAGGUUGGAAAUAGCUUCCGCUGGCUUUUGAUAAGCGCUGCUGUGCUAGGCUUUUUCCCGAUUUGCAUCUCUCCAGUCGUCACCUUUGCGUUCACUUCCAAAGAGUUGACUGUGAACACACUGUUCACCUCGCUAUCAUACAUACUCCUCUUCACUACUCCCGUCAUCGGUCUCUUCCAGAGCCUUCCAGGUAUCUUUGCUGCCCUGACAUGCAUGGCUCGAGUGCAAAGAUUUCUCGCCGCAGACCCGCGCAAUGACUUUCGAAUCCAUGAAUCUGCUCCUGUUUCCGAGAAAAGAUCAUCGAAUCCGUCAAACGACAUAGCGUUUACUGUUGAGAACGGCUGCUUUGGAUGGGGAGGCGAGAAAUUGACACUUAGUCAAAUGAACGCUUCUAUUCCGGCUCAUAAGCUCACCAUCGUUGUGGGCGAAGUGGCGUCUGGCAAAACCACUUUCUGUAAGGCUUUACUCGGAGAAUUACCUGUUUCUUCAGGGACCAUCAGAACGUACAUACCAUCGCAUCGCAUUGGCUACUGUGAACAAACCCCUUUUCUUUACAAUGCGAGCUUCCGAGAAAACAUUGUUGGCCAUUGCGAUUUCGAUCAGGCUAAAUACGACGAAAUUGUGGAAGCUACGAUGCUCGCACCAGACGUUUCACUUUUACCGCAAGGCCAUGAUACAAAGAUUGGCAGUAAUGGGAUCAUGUUGAGUGGUGGUCAAAAGCAGCGUCUUUCUGUUGCCCGUGCUCUAUAUUCUGAAGCAGAUCUGAUGAUAUUUGAUGAUAUCUUGAGUGGCUUAGACUUGGACACUGAAUCAGAGCUCUUCAGGCGCGUAUUUGGACCAGGGGGUAUCACGCGUCGGCGCAACGUUACUGUGGUCAUCUGCACACAUUCAGUCAAGAACCUACCUCUGGCAGACCAUAUCAUUGCUCUUGGAAAUGGUACAGUCAUCGAAGAGGGAGGUUUCUCAGACUUGAUGGAGAACAAGAAGUAUGUUUACAGCCUCGGCGUCAAGCACAGAGACACGGAUUCUUCUUCAGACGAUGAAAAGCCCAUGGCAAGAGCUACUGUCGCCACCGCCCCUGCCAUACUCCCCCAGGACGUACCAGCGGCGGAGGAUAAGGCUCGACAACAAGGCGACUUUUCCAUCUACAAGCACUAUUUCAAGAGCGUUGGCUUCUGGCCAGUUGUCAUCGUCGCUGUGGCAGGCUUGUUGACUGGUGUCUGCAACAGUCUUUCAAGCAUCUGGGUCAAAUUCUGGGCUGAAGACGCUUUUAACAGAUCCUUUGCCUUCUACGUAGGUAUUUAUGGUAUGCUGCGAGCUAGCUAUAUGGUCUUUUUGUUCUGCGAUGGUGUUAUGACAUUGAUUUUCUUUACUGCUUCGGCAGGUACUGAAUUGCACGAACGUGCUAUUCUUACUGUUAUCUCUGCACCGCUGAGGUUCUUCUCAAAGACUGACACCGGCAUCGUGACGAACUUGUUCUCGCAGGAUAUGACUCUCCUGGAUAGCGACUUACCACUGGCCCUGACCAACUUUUCCCUGGACGUCUCUAACGCAUGUGGCACGGCCUUUGUUGUAGCGUCUGCAUCACCAUAUCUCGCAGUUGGGUACCCCUUUUUGAUGGGGAUUCUGUACUUCGUGCAGAAAUUCUAUCUGCGAACCUCUCGACAAAUUCGACUCCUCGACCUUGAGGCUAAAAGUCCACUGUACACGCAUUUCACCGAUACCAUCAAAGGCGUUGCAACUAUUCGGGCCUUUGGCUGGCAACAAUAUGACAUUGCCCACAGCAACAAACUUCUCGAUACAUCACAGCGUCCAGCCUAUCUCCUCGCCAUGAUUCAACAGUGGCUCGCCACAUUGCUUCACUUUAUUGUUACCGGCACAGCUGUUCUUCUAGUCGCUCUCGCAACACAGCUUCGAACUAAUGCGGGGUUGACUGGUGCUAGUCUGAUCUCUCUUCUGACCUUCAGCGAAGCCUUGUCAAACCUCAUCAGUAGCUACACUUCCCUUGAAACAUCACUCGGUGCUGUUAGCCGAUUAAGGUCUUUCAGCGAAACUGUCGAGACGGAGAAUAAACCUGGCGAAGUUAUCGAGCCCCCUGAGACCUGGCCCCAUAGCGGCAGCAUACAAGUCCACAAGGUCUCCGCCUCUUACGACUCUCCAAGUAACGAGCAAGACGAAGCUGCUUCCAGCUUGGCACUACGUGAUCUCGAGUUGGACAUCUCACCAGGCCAGAAAGUCGCUAUUUGCGGCCGUACAGGAAGUGGAAAGUCAACGCUCAUCCUUCUCUUCCUACGUCUCAUCGAUCCUCUCCCCUCUUGUGAUUCGAACAUGAAGAUAGAUGACAUAUACCUUCACCAAAUAGACCGCGCUACCUUGCGCAAGCGCGUCAUUUGUAUCCCCCAAGACGCAGUGUUUCUCCCUGAUGGCAGCUCUGUCAAAGAUAACAUCGACCCUUACAAGGCAGCCACAGACGCAGAAUGCUUCAACGUUCUCAACACGGUGCGGCUGUCAGGUUUUGUCCAAGACAAAGGCAGCUUGAACGCUGGCAUGAGCGCCGAUGACCUCAGUGCUGGACAAAAACAGCUGUUCAGCCUUGGUCGAGCGAUCCUUCGUCGUAGAGUGCGCGAUCGCCUCGCUGGGGGUGAGAAGCAAGGUGGAUUGCUGUUGCUUGAUGAAGUAAGCAGCAGUGUCGACAAGGUAACGGACAGGGCUAUGCAGGAGAUAAUUCGUGAAGAGUUUGAGAAUUAUACAAUUGUCAUGGUGUCGCAUCGGCUUGAUAUGGUAAUGGACUUCUUUGACAGAGUUAUUGUUCUAGAUAGGGGUACUGUUGUAGAAUCUGGUGGGCCAAGGGAGCUCGUUGAGACGGCAGGAAGUCGAUUUGGUGAUCUUUGGGCUUUCGAGCAUGACCGGAAGUCGGAAUAG